AUGUCUACUUCCAACAACAACACCGAAUCCCAUGCCGCUUCUACUGGUGCUCCUGCAGCUAUCACUUGGUACAAUGACCAUCAUCUUACCACAAUUGAGUUGAAUCCCGACGGACUUUGUUCGAUUGAUGUGUUGAUGAAUUGGCUUACAGCGCCUUCCAACUUCAGUGUAUGGAGAGGGGAAAGAGGCUCAAAGAUUACGAAGCCAACCUUGCUCACUUCCAUUUUGAAGGAAUUCAAAAACUUGGGUAUCACCACCCGUGAUACUGCCGCAAUUCGAUCCAAGAUCAACCGUAUCAUCAAGGCUUAUAGAGUAGCCGAGACGUGGAGAAAUCAAACAGGUCAAGGCCUCCUUAACAGUGCCUCAAACGAUACGGAGUCAGUUUGCAAGAAGAAAUACGAAGAGAUUGCGCCCUUCUUCUUCGAUACUGCUGCAAGUGAGGCUCGUCCGUUCAAUGAAGAUAAAAAUUAUGAAAAUGUUAAAAACAUUAUGUUCAACAAUAACACUAACGAUGAAGACGAGCUUGCGCCAAUUGAAAUGGUGAAUGAUAAUGAUGGAGAAGCUGCUGUUUCUGACUUGGUUGUACCAAGUGAUGGCUCCGUUGCCACCUCUGUUGACACCUCUGUUCCCCCCUCUAUUGGCACCUCUACCACGUCUGAUGGACCUACUGCCUCUGCUGAUCCUAACAAAAGGAAAAGAUCAGCUAGCAAUUCAAUUAUUGACGCUGUUCUUGAGUCAAGCGAUAUAGCUGAUGCUUUGUCUGAGAAGCGUCCAAGAACGCAUGAACGUAAAGUUGAUGUAAGAAUUGCGAAGGACCUGGCUGACCAACAAUGGCGCCAACAAAUACAGGCUGCAAUGGCAAAUCUUGGUCUUCUUAUUACUCAUAAGUUGAUAACGAAGGAGGAGUACUUCGCUGAAGUAAACAAAUUGGAUUAG